AUGGAAAAGUUGCCAAAACACGUUCUAGAGUUGCUAACUGUCAGCAACCUAAAAGAAGUCGAACUGCCGCCGCAAGCCCAAGAAUUACUUGACAAAUUUGAAAAGACAUACGAGGAUUUGGGAACUGAUUUCAGUCUAUCAGAUAUGGAUGGAAUUGGUUACCCAGUGGGUAUAGAAGAUCCUCAGCUCAAGAAGAAUAUGGGGAUGAUAUGGAGUGUCCUAGAGGGGCUACAGAAAGUUGAAGACCUGCUGAAGAAGGCUCUUCAAUUGAAUACAUUUGUUGAUGACGUAGCCUGUGGAGUGAAAAGAGUGUUGGAAGAAAGCAUGGUCUUGCCUGUUGAUGAAAAUGAGGAAGAAGACAUAGCAACACGGGUGGAGAACUUAACCAUAGCAUCAACACCCUACAUAUACACUCCACAGAAAAGAUAA